AUGCUACUGCCAUCAUUAUUCACCGCCACCACAUUGUUUACUGUGUACAGAUUUACGAUUAAUUUUCCCAAUUUACCGUACUCAAAUGAGCUGAAACGACCCGGAUCGGCACAGUUCGUAAAGCUGAGCCAAGAGAUAUCCGAUGCUCUUAAUACUCUCCUUUCCUCAAUUCCAAGUCAUCACAAUGUUACCGUCCGAGACUACAGGUACCAGCAAGUGCUCGGCACAUUAGUAACUGUCGAAAUAACAUCGAGAAGGACUGAGCCGACCAUCUGGAGACUUAUCAAGAGAGCUGUCCGAUCGGGUCACAUCGGGAGAUUUGCAGUUGGAACCGAUGGCUUCGAAUACUAUACAAUAAAUGGUCAUUAA